AUGGAAGUUGAAGAAGGCUCCUCCGAUGUUACUCAAUUUCCAGCAGAUUCAUUGUGUAUUCUGCCACCAGAAAUCAUCACUGAAAUUCUCUCCAGGCUUCCUGUAAAAUCUCUGUUGAAAUUCAGGUCUGUUUCAAAAUCUUGGCUUGCUUUAAUCUCUAACCCUGAAUUUAUCAACGCCCAUCUCAGUUUAUCAGCCAAUAAGGAAGAGACGCUCCAUUUGAUUAUUUUGAUUGAUCUUGAGUUUGGAGAUAAGAGGUGUUUCAAAGGAUGUCCUGUUGCAUCUUUAUUUAAUAACUCUGUUACUCAGGCUGUUGACUUGGGUUAUCCCAUUGAAGACGACAGUUAUGAACUCCAAUCUGUGGGUGGUGGCAAUGGAAAACACAAGAAUUUGCCUGAAUUUGGACCUAGACUGGAAGAACCAUAUUAUCGUCCCGUAUAUGGUUUGGGGUAUGAUGAGCUCCAUCAUGAUUAUGACGUUGCUAAUGAUACAGUAGAUGACGUUGAGAUCAAAGUAUAUAGUCUAAAGACCGAUUUUGGGAAUGGGAAGCUUCAUUGGGAUAUGGGCCGCGAGAAAAAGAAUAUUGUUUCCUUUGAUUUAGCUAAUGAGAAAUGGGAUAAGGUGGAGAAGCCCUACUCCAUAGGAGUAGGAGAGACUGAAUCGAGUGUGCGGACCAUGGGAAGUGAUCUUUGUGUGUUUACUGAUUACAAGCAAACUCAUUUCUGCAUUUGGGUUAUGAAAGAGUAUGGGGUUAAACAAUCUUGGAUAAAGAAGUAUACCAUCAGGUAUACAAAUGGUAAAUAUAAUAAGCCUUUUUUCAUAGCAAAUAAAGGUGAAAUGUUGUUCUUGAUUUAUUCAGUUUUCAUGAUAGACAAUUCAAAAGAUGACUCAUAUAGAUGUACAAAUGUUACUAACCGUGAAAGCAAUCAUGAUUUGCGAAUCUACAUUGAAAGCCUAGUUUGUCCUUUUUCAACUGAAGGGACAAAUAAUGCUGCAAAAGAAAGCGGGGAAAAGCUUAUAUCAAAACAAUCGAGUAACAAAUAG